AUGAGAGGCCCGUCUGUCUCUUCGGUCUCCGACUCGUCGACCACAGCUACAAGCAUCAGCAGCGGUGUUACUUGGACCUCGACAGCAUGUGUUGCUUUUGGAGUUCCUGACCCUGUCGCAUGUCCGGGUGGCGCGUUGGACCCGUCUGGGAAUAGCGGAACUUCCAGCAUUGCAUCUGCUUCUUCCUCUUUGUCAGAAACCACAAGUGUCGACAGCUCUUUAGAUCCUACACCUUCGGAUCUGCCGUCUUCCACGUCCACGUCCACGUCCACGUCCAGCACGGGAGGCACAAUAUUUUCGGUUUCGUCGACGGAUAUCGCGCCAGCCCAGACAUCAGCCUCUAUCACGGCUUCGUCUUCAGCUACAAAUAGCACCCUACCGGCGCCGUGGAUCGGUCAUCCUCAAGGAAGAGGUCAUGGACACCGAAACGCCAUGAUCGUUUUCCCUCUCAUAGUUGGCAUACUCAUUUUCCUGCUGAUGGCGAUUUUCCUUUGGAGGCACUAUCACCCUUCCUCAUUCCACAAGGUCCUCGACUCGAUCCCCGGCUUUGGCUGCUUCGCUCGAUGGCGCAAGACACGGGAAAAGAAUCGCCAGACUCGCGCUAUACACCGCCUGGGUAUCUUGACUGGAGAUAAUGGUCGCUUUGGUGGAUCCGGUUCGGUCGCAGACGACACUUACAAUCGACAUCUGAAGAAGUUUGAGGAAGACAGUGCACGCGCAAAAGGCAAAUACAGCAGUGACGCAGGUCCCCACGCCCCCGGCUCUCCUUUCUCUACGGGCAACAAAAGCACCAAGAGCGGCGACACGCCACGGACCCCCAAGUUGGGGAGUCCCUGGCGAUACACGCCGACCAAGGCCGGCAACUCGGGCAGGAAUAACGAGACGGACAGCUUACAGAGCUGGGAGGAGGCGUGGUUUGCGAUGGGCAGCAUCGCGGGUGCGGCGAGGGAGAGGGGGGAGGGGGAGGAGGGCGCAGGCGGGCAGGGGUGGAGGAAACUGGGUUGA